GAGAGUCCACCUCGACGCCGCCGCCUUCGUCGCAAACCAUAAAAAAACCCUCUAGCAUCCCCCCAUGGACGCCCCCAACACCACCUCUCCGCCGGCCGUCGAAACCUAGAAGCGGCCAGGGCCGUCGGCGGUGGCGAUGGGGGAGUACGCGGCGGCCAAGACGUCCGUGUGGUGGGACAUCGAGAACUGCGCCGUCCCCCGCGGCUGCGAUCCCCACUUCAUCGUGCAGAACAUCAGCUCCGCCCUCGCCACCGCCGGCUACAGCGGGCCCAUCUCCGUCUCCGUCUACGGAGACACCAGCGGACCCAUCGCCCAGCACGUCCUGCACGCCCUCUCCAGCACCGGCGUCUCCCUCAACCACGUCCCCGCCGGCAUUAAAGAUGCAAGUGAUAAGAAAAUCUUGGUUGACAUGCUAUUCUGGGCAAUUGACAACCCUCCGCCAGCAAAUUAUCUGCUAAUAUCUGGUGAUCGGGACUUCUCUAAUGCCCUUCAUAAGCUUAAGAUGAGGCGGUACAAUAUUCUAUUAGCACAACCUCCAAAUGUGUCUCAAACGCUUACUGCUGCUGCAAACAAUGUUUGGCUCUGGAAAAGCCUUGUGGCUGGAGAACCACCAUUAGCACAAUCGCCAUACAUAAGCAGCGCAACGAGUGGAGAUAUGGAUGAUUUGGAUACGUCGAGUUCUUCAGACACGAUUCCUCGUACCAACCCUCAAGGGCAGAAUACUUCUCGGCGUGAUCACCAAAUUGGUGGUAAUGGUAAAACAGAUAGGCAAUUUAAAGUGAAGCAACCUCGUAAAAACCAGACAGACAGUGCAUCUAAACCAGUGAGCAAAAAAGAAAAUUCAGUUGAUGAUAUUGCUGAUAAUUCUAAAGGAAGCACUGCUAACCAGCAAAGUCAGCCUUCUACACCAUCAUCAACUUCGUCAUCAAGUUCUGAACCCCAGGAUGGGGCAAAGGUGAACCAGACAAGUAAACCAAAAAUUCCAACCUUUUCUUUGCCUAAAAAGCCUGCAAAAUUUGCCAAUUCCCAUCAAAGUAGUGCCCCCCACAACUAUUUUAGUAGUAAGAAGCCUGGUGUGUCAACUGAAUCUGCACCUAAAAAUGGUGCUCCUGAUUUUGGCAAUGAUAGUGGCCAUUAUAAUCCAAAACACCAGAACCAAUCCUCUCAGCCUCCAAAACCACAAAAUCCAGUGACUCCUCGUCCUCAUAAUGGAUCUGGCAAUUUCCACACAUCAAAUUCACAUAGAAGCAAUUCAUGUCCACCACAAGCUGGGCAUAAUGGUGUUCCUACGGCACCAUUACAGUCCUGGCCGAGUGCUCCUCCUCCCUAUCAUGCCCCACCCCCUAAUUGUCCUGAUAUGAGUCGGCUGAAUAUUUCUGGAUAUCCCAUAGGAGGCCAUGACAACCAGUGUUUGAACCCCAACUACAAUCCAAACCACUCUGGAGCUGUUCAACCUCCUUACAAUAAUUAUAGUUACAGGCCUCCAACUCCAUCUAACAUGUCCAGCAACAUGCAAAACGCUGGACUAUGGGGAGCCAACACUGGAUGUUCACAGCCGUAUUCUGACUAUCAAGUUCUUAUAAGAGAUAUCUUAGGUGCUUUGGAAGUACUGAAGACCGAGAAGCUUCCACCAACAGAACAGCAUAUAUCAGAUUGCAUACGUUAUGGAGGUGCUAACCUACCAAAUUUUGAUGUUAAGAAGGCUCUUGAACUUGCCAUUCAGCAUCAAGCCAUCGUCACGAAAAAGUUAGGAGAAAUGUCAUUCUUUCUGGGGAAAAAUGAAAAUCUCUGGAAAUGCGUGAAUAUAAUGGAUACCAAUACAAGAUACCCAAAGGAGACACUUGAUGCUGUUCAGAGGUACAUAUCUUGUGCCGCUGGUUGUUCUGCGAUAAAGAAAUCUCAAUCCAGGUAUCAAGCUGCAACUCUCUUAAAGAAAACAUGCCUGAAACGUCUUGCCCUUGGUGAAGUUCUUCAGGUUACGUAUAUCAUAACAGAUAAGAUGAAGUGGUUUGUUCCCCAUGCUUCAGGCUGGCAGCCCUUGUCAUGGAACAUAGUAGUUGUUGAUGCUACUAAAGAUGCUGGUGGUAAACCUUAGCCUUCAUACAUUUCUCUGCAAACAUCAGAUGGACAGUUUGAGCUCUGGUGGUUGGUACAAACUGUUCCUUGCAAGGCUAUGAUCUGCUGAAGUUAUAUCUAGUAUGGUGGCUCAUCCACAUUUUGCCAACAUUUUCUUAUAUAAGUGAUAUCACAAGUAGUUUAAACU